AUGGGUUCCUUAAUAGAAAGCCCCUACGCGAGCUUGAUGGCCAGAUAUGACUCGUUCCAGUCUGACAGCUGGCCCGUCUCCCCGCUCAAGAGGUACAUGCUCGCCGUCAACGGCUACCGCAGACGACCCGGUGGUGACUUGGUCGAAUGUUUCGUAUGCCUCACUUCGAUAAACCGAGCGGCUAUGGUCGAGGUAUUCGAAUCAACCACCUGGAGCUCAGCGGGACAUCACUCCAUCGACUGCCAUUUCUUCCACAGAGAUACUUUGAGAUGCACGAUUUGUCUGGUAGACUUCUUGUCCAGACGUGAAUGGAGGGGACACCAUCUGGAACGCCAUGUGUUGCCCGACUUCACCGGCCUGAAGGCCCCAGAGCGUCCUUUGAAGGAGGAGGAAAUAUGCACUGAUACAGAGACUCUGCAAGGCGGCGAUAGUGGAAGCGGUGUAGCUGAUUCCCGUCUCAAUCCGGCAGCUGCUGCCGCCUCAGUCUUGGGAAAGCGAAAACACUCGGAUUCUCCUCGCCCAGAUAGAGAAGCAUCCCAUUCUGCGCAGUCCCUCCCCGUGCUCACGGUCAUGGCCACGUUCAACCCCCUGGACAGAACCAUCAUGACUGCAACCGUCGACAACGUCGACUCUCAGAAGGAGAUCCCAUUGCGGACUGCGGCGGAUGUGGUCCAGAGGCUCUGCCACACGGGCAUGGAAAUAACAAGUUCCGAAGUUCCGGGACGCGACUUGGAGAUACUUGGAAUGUCUGUGCUGGUGAAGAUGACGCAGGACGAGUAUUUGAACCUCAAGGUUCACGUCGACACGAUCAGGCUCAUGGCUCGGUCACGAGCUUAG